AAAAUCAUUAAAAGUAUAAAAAAAGAAAUUGUAAAAGAUAUACGGACCGAUAUACGCGUAUAUACGUCAGAAUCGUUGUGUUGUUGUUGCUAUUAUUGUUGUGGCUGCUACUUCUGCCAUUUUCUGUGUGUGUGUGUGUCUGUGUGUGGUUGUCUUGUUUCGGCCGUUCCCGUUGCCGACAUCUCCGAUCGUCGUUUUGGUCGUCUGUCUGUUGCUUUUAUCGACGCGUUUCUUUCGGAAUGUUUUUUCUUGCGUACAUGUGACGCAGCCGCCGCCGCCGUCGCCGCGAUUUGUACGAAAAGCGAUUUGUUUGUUGUGACAUUCGCCCGCCCCGACCCCCGGCCGGCCCUUUUCCAGAUCGGUCAAUGAAGUUGUGCCGCACAGAGUGGAAAAUUUCCGAAACACAGAACUGAAGAGAGCAGCUGGUAAAAUUGGCUGCAGCCCAUCAACAAAUUCGUAGGUAAAAGAGCUCUUAAACCCCUGCGGUCGGUCUACAGUCGGAAGCCUUUCGCACCGAAUGCCGAGAUUCUUGGAGCUGCCGCAGUGGACGCGCCCAAACACCCACAGCUCAAUGCAACUGCGCCGGUACAGGCGUCUGCAAAUCAUCAAAUAAUAAUCAGGCCAUAGCCCAAAACCCCUAAGAAAUUCUUUACGAACUGCCAAAGGACACGGCGCCAAGAUGAGCUUCAGUUCGGCCAGCGGCCGCGAGAACAAUGUGCGCAAAUUGUCCUUUUUGGGCUUCAAUACCAAGAAAAAGUCCGGCAAUGAGGAUCCCGAUGAAGUGCUGCUGGACUCGGAAAUGGACAAGGUCUUUGCCGGCUCAAGUGCGCGCAAAGAAAAGUUCGAUGUAAACACGUUCCAGGACAACAGCCAGCAGCCGAUUGGUUCGCGGAAAAAGAGCAUACGCACAAAUGAUCUGAACAUUGAGGAAGACUCGGAAUACGAGAGCCAAACUGAACCGUUGAAUAAUGCACAAAACUAUGAUGAUAUACCCGAAGAUUUUCCGCUAGUCUCCGAGCGUGCUGGACACGGCGAUCACUCGGACAAUUCGGCUGACGAGAAGCACGUCCAGUUCGGUGAUGCCAAGAAGAAAAUUGUCAUCACCCCGCCCAGUCUGAGCUAUGAUGAACAGCCCACGGACCAAUCGCACGAACGUAAACGCAGAAAAAGCCGCCAUCAGUAUUAUAGACAACGUAAAUUCUCACAUCAGGACAGCGUGGAACCCAAAAAGACACUCGAGGAGAACGGUGAUGCAGGUGCGCGUAGGAUCUCUGUGCAGCCUGAGGACACGGCAUUGGAGACAAAUGCCGAAACGCCGGCCACACAGGAAGCUGAUCUCAAUGAGCUGAGAUCACAUCGUUCGGAUGAUCCGCGCGCCCUGCGACGCCACAAGAUACAUCACUCAUCCAUCAAGCUGCGCGAAUUGCCGCAGAUAACAAUUUCACCAUUUCAAAAACAGAGGCCUGAGGUCGAUCACAGUCCACAUGAGAUCUUCGUGCAGCUGGACGAGCUCACGGGCGUGGGCGAUGACCGCGAAUGGAAGGAGACUGCGCGCUGGAUCAAAUAUGAGGAGGAUGUGGAGGAGGGCUCCGAUCGCUGGGGCAAACCGCAUGUUGCCUCUCUCUCAUUCCACUCGCUGCUCAAUUUGCGUCGCUGCCUGGAAACGGGCGUUGUCCUGCUGGACCUCAAUGAAAAGGAUUUGCCCGCCGUUGCCUAUCGCGUUGUCGAGCAGAUGGUGGUCGAUGAUCUUAUCAAUAUCAAUGACAAGCCUUCGGUUAUGCGAUCGCUGCUGUUGCGCCAUCGCCACGUGAAUGAGCAUCAGGGCGUAUUGCCCUUCACCAAGCGCAAGUACAACAGUUACACGAGUCUGCAGCAUCUAAUACCCAAAUCGCUACUUUGGAUGGGCGCCGAGGCUUCACAGCAGCUGCAACAGCAACAACAACAACAGCAACAACUACAACAACAACAACAGCUACAACAAUACCUACAACGAUCUGCCAAGGCGAGACGCAGCAUCUGUGUGACCUCCAGUGCGCCGCCAGCGGCAAUGCUCAAUCUGGGCGCCAUAGAUCAUCGACGACACUCGACGACAUCGUAUCUGGGUAACCUCUCGGGCGGCACCGAUGACAAGAAGAUCAAGAUUAUGCCGGCCAGCGAGAUUGGAGGCAGCAAGCGCAGCAAUGAGCUUAAGAUUGACAUGAAGGACGACAUGUACUCCUCCUCGCAGGAGGACCUCAAGAAGCUGCAAAAUGAUACCAUACUCAAGCGCAUACCUGCUGGCGCUGAGGCGACUACAGUUUUGGUGGGUGCCGUCGAGUUCCUGGAACAGCCGACAAUUGCCUUUGUCCGUCUCUCGGAGGGCGUGCUAAUGCCCACGCUGACGGAGGUGCCGGUGCCGGUUCGCUUUAUGUUCGUGCUGCUGGGACCGCGCAACUUUGACCUGGACUACCAUGAGGUGGGUCGCUCCAUCUCCACGCUGAUGGCCAAUGAGCACUUCCAUGCCAUUGCCUACAAGGCGGACGAUCGCCGGGACUUGCUGUCGGCCAUCAACGAGUUUUUGGAUGAUUCGAUUGUGCUGCCGCCGGGCAACUGGGAUCGACACGAUCUGCUGCCCUUCGACGAGCUGAAGGCCAAGAAAGACUGGAUACGCACGCGCAAGAUUAAGGCGCUGCAGGUGAAGCGCGACAGCGAAAUGAUCAAAAUCGGUCGCGACGAGGAGAAGGUGCUGCUGGAGAAACAAGCGCUUGGUGCCAUCACCGGGCCAGGCGGCCCGGGCGGCGAUGGAGGCGACGAUGAUGACGACGAUGGCAAAAAGAAGAAGCCCAGUCCCAUGGACAAAACGCAUCGGCUGUGGGGUGGCCUGCGCAACGACCUCAAGCGCCGCAUGCCCAUGUACAAGAGCGACAUACUCGAUGGACUCAACACGGAAACGCUGGCGGCGACCAUCUUCAUGUACUUUGCCUGCCUAUCGACGGCCAUCACAUUCGGCGGCCUGGCCUCGGCCAAGACGGACAGCUGGAUUGGCAUCUCUGAGACGCUGGUCGCGUGCUCCUUUGUUGGCAUUGUCUUCCACUGUUUGUCCUGCCAGCCGCUGGUCAUCAUUGGCACCACCGGACCGCUGCUGCUCUUCGAUGAGGCGCUGAUGGUCUUCUGCACGGAGAACAAUUUUGAUUUUCUGUCGCUGCGCGUCUACGUGGGCAUCUGGCUGAUCAUUAUAGCGCUGUGCGUGUCCGCCUUUGAGGGCAGCGUCUAUGUGCGUCUGCUGACACGCUUCACCCAGGAGAUCUUCUCGGCUCUGAUCACGCUCAUCUACAUUGUGGAGACCAUGAUGAAGCUAGUGUCCAUCUACAAGCUCAAUCCGCUGCUGGCCGACUACAAUCUGCCGCCGCCAACGCUGGUCGAGCACGAGAGCGCCACGAAUGCCACAAAUUUCAAUAUGAGCGUUAGCCUAUUGAAUGCCAGCACCACGCUGGCACCUCCGACGCCCAAAUUGCCUAUCAAUCAACCAAAUACGGCGCUCUUCUGCACCAUACUCACGCUGGCGACCUUUGUGGUCGCCUACUAUCUGAAAUUGUUUCGCAAUUCGCAUUUCCUGGGCCGCAAUGCGCGACGAGCUCUUGGCGAUUUUGGUGUGCCCAUUUCCAUAGCCAUAUUCGUGCUGGUCGAUUAUCUGGUGCCGUCGGUGUAUACCGAGAAGCUGGUGGUGCCCGAGGGCCUGUCGCCCAGCGAUCCGACGAAACGCGGCUGGUUCAUUGGAUUCAACACAUUCGAGACAUGGGUGCCGUUUGCCUGUGUGGUGCCCGCCCUGCUUGUCUAUAUACUGAUCUUCAUGGAGUCACAGAUAUCCGAGCUGAUUGUCGACAAGCCGGAGCGCGGCCUGAAGAAGGGCUCCGGCCUACAUUGGGACAUUGUGCUGCUCUGCCUGUUGAACACCUUCUGCGGCCUCUUUGGCAUGCCCUGGCAUUGUGCGGCCACUGUGCGCUCCGUAACCCAUGUCUCCUCCGUCACGGUGAUGUCACGCACACACGCACCUGGUGAAUCGCCGCGUAUUAUCGAUGUGAAGGAACAACGCUUGUCCGGCUUCUUUGUGUGCGUCAUGAUUGGGCUGUCGGUGCUGAUGUCGCCCCUGCUGCGUCUUAUACCCAUGGCCGUGCUCUUUGGCGUCUUUCUCUAUAUGGGCGUGGCCUCCAUGAGCGGCGUCCAGCUCUUCGAACGCAUACGACUUUACUUCAUGCCGGUCAAGCACUAUCCGCCCACGAACUAUGUGAAGCGUGUGCGGCCCUGGAAGCUGCAUCUGUUUACCACCAUACAGGUGCUCUGCCUGGCCGUGUUAUGGGCGGUCAAGUCAUCUAAAUUCUCGCUGGCCUUCCCGUUCUUCCUUAUACUCAUGGUGCCCAUACGUCAACAAAUGGCGUCGCUCUAUAAGCCGGAGGAAUUGCAAGCGUUGGAUGGCAGCGAGGCGAAGAACGACGAAGAUGAGCCCGAUUUCUACGAGCAGACCAACCUGCCUGCCUAGGGGUUGUGCAGCAGCAACUGGAGUUGGGUAAUAGCCAGGCUCAGUUUUAGGCCAAAUUUAAUUAGUCCUUUAAUAAGUAUUCAAAGUAUUAAAGCCAAGCCGCGUUCCCAUAAUACAAAAUCCAACAAAAACAAGAAAAUACAAACGUAUGACGAAAUUCUGGUGAUCGUGUUAACGAACUACCUGCAUUAGUAUUUAGAGAGAAGGAUUGUAUAGCCUAAAGUAAAACACACACACACCUGAAUACCUAUUAGAUUGUAAGGAUUGCAGCUGGCCGCAGACAUCUAUUGAUUAGGGCCCGGUCAAAAAGGAGGAGUGCCGAGAACUCAAGAGCGGGAGGAAACGUUGUACCUAAAAUGAAACAUGACAUGGUAGGGCAAAUGUGGCACAUAUUUUGCCAUAAAGAGCUAAGAACAAAAGAAUAGAGUAUUCGUAAUUACCUACCGAUAAACGAUAACCGAUAACAGAUGACCGAUUAUUUGUUCGAUUCUGUUCAAACAAGGAAAAGACUCCACUUCGUUAAGCAUUAGGUGAGCACUUUGGAUCCUCAUUAAUUAUGCCUUAUGACAAGAUGUUUGCUUAGUGAAAAAUAUUUAUGAAAACAAAAGGAAACUUUGCAUCACACAAACACAAACAAAAACAUAUUUAUUUGGUUUUUCUCGUUGAUUAUUUUCUCGUCUCGCGCGUAUUAUUAGCAAUAAAUAUUUUGCAUAUACAUAUAUUACAUACAUAUAUAUAUAUAUAUACAAACAUAUAUAUUUACAAUAAUAAACUCGGUUUAGUCUCAUCGAAAGAGCAAUGAA